AUGGCCAUAUCUUCAGCUACAGCUGCGCCAUCGGUGUCGCUGUCUAAUCCUUACUCUCUCCUACCCUUUUCUGGAGCAGAAUAUUCCUCAGAAACAUCUUCUAAGCAGUGCUACGGCAGUCAAGUUCACAUUCAAGCCGGCUCAUCCAGAAAGCGAAAGCGCUCCGAAUUCACUAUCGCGGUGGAUGGUCAUGGAGUUUCUAUCGUCGAUGUGCAAGCUCCUCGUAUAAUAUCAACCUAUUCUACCCCUCCCACCACCCGGUUCAGCUGCUCUCCACUCUCAAUUAGGAGUGCCAAUGGCUCUAUAAGAUGGUCGUAUGCUUCAAUAGCAUUAGAAGGCCGCUCUAUAUCCUGUUGGAAAGAACAGGCAGUCCGACGAAGCUCCCGGACCAACUCUGUCGUGUCGUCGCCAGUGUCUGAUUUCGGUCCUUUGGAUACAACUAUCGAACAACAUUCACGCCCAGUCACUGGAUCUUCUUCGGUUAUCUCGCUACAUAGUAUUACUUCGAGUACUAAAGGCGAUGAUGAGCCUUCGACAAACGACAUCCUCGUUGUGUCCGAAGAUGCCAGCAUUCAAUGUUUAUCUGCAGACCUUCAAGUUGAGAGAUGGGUGGUCAACAGCCGAAAUACCCCUUCACAUAGAACCAGGGGACCUCUACUCAUGUCCACGACGCUAUCAGUUAACACGGCGAAGAAGACACUCCUAAAGAACAGGUUGGAGGUUCUGGCAGGGUAUCAAGCGAAACCAGGCGACUGCAUUCUAUUGACCUUGAAUGCGACAAUUCGGAAAGAGAACAAUGUCGAAGCUUCGGUUUACUUGGUAUCCAAUGCCUCUUCUAUGGGCCAUGUCAGGAGACUCGCACAGGUACGAUUGGCGACCACGGGAGCAUCAGACAAGUCCCAAUUCACAUUCCAUGCACCAACUGGUACCCUAUUCCGUCAAGUCGACAAGGCAAUAACCACCUAUGACCUCUCAAAACUGGCACCGGAGCCUGAAGCUCUCUUGGAAAUCAGCAGCCUCAUCUCAUCCGUUCUACCUACAUCCUCCAGCAAUUUGUUCGUAUCUACAGAAACUGCAAUCAGUGUCUAUAACACUAAAUACGGUGCCACCCACUGUACCCUAAAUACUACCAGCAAAUCCAGUACGAACCAAGUCCAGGAUUCGGGACUUCACAGCUCUCUCCUCUUCCUCGGUUACAUUUCGGAAAUCGAUGUCGCAAUCGGUUUCAACCAGCACGGAUGUUUCGCCAUCCAGCUUACAAAAUCUGGUUUCUUCACAGGUGAUACUAUCCUCGACUCGCUAUGUAAGGGUGUCAGGUCUGUCGAUAUAGAAGAAGAUUUCGAUGGCGCCAAGAGGAAAUACACAGUUAUAGACGAGAAAGACAACGAAAAAGAGCACCUAGUGGAUAAAGAAAGCCGCGCUCGUGAUGUUUUAAAAAUCCUCAGCGAGCUUGCAGCAGAAGGCGACGCAUUUGGUUUUGAGAAAGAAUUCGCAGAGUUCGUUGGACUUGACCGCAAAACAGGUGUCUACGCUAUCACUGAAACAACCAUGGCCAAUGGUAAUUCGGCGAACGGAUCGAAUGGUACUAAUGGAGGUCAUAUUGAGCCUACAUCUCCCCAUUCAAAUGGCUCCACGCCAAAGGAUGAAGAUCUUCCAGAAUUUCUCUACCCUCCACCAGAGGAAGGAGAGUACGCCGACCCAGACCUCGAGAACCUUUCCCAGUCCUUCGUUGCGGCUGUCCUUGAAAUGGUCUUCAAACCUGUCAUCACGGAAUCUGGGGCCUUGGAGCUAGAACUUGCUAUGUCUGUUCCUAACGUGUUCAAGUUUCUGCUGUGGGAAGGUUAUUUCUCAUGCACCAACUUGCCAGCUCAAGGCAGUGGCUUUGUCGAUGCACUGACAAGGUUUGACCCGGAGCUUAAUCUACUCCUCUUCUUCCUUGAAAACGCAUCCAAGUCAGCCAUACCAUUGAAGGAAGUUGUCACUAGCGUCAAGAUUGUCAUGACAGGAUUGGUACAAGGUGCUGACCCCACCGCUGUCAACGACAUCGAUGAAAUGGAUCUCAACGAGGAAACCCUCGAUGACGAGCAACUCCAACGGGUAACCCAACAAGUCGAAAAGGCGUUAGAACAAGCCCAGCUACUAUUAGACCUAAGUGACGUCAAAGAACGUAUCCUCCGCGCCUCGUUGCUCCGUGUCGGGAGAUUUUCAAGGGCUGCGAUUAUCCGAACCUUGAGAGAAACCCUCAACGGAGCAGAACUUGCCGGUUUGAUUCGUAUCUUGCGACGUGAACUCCUCCGUGACGCGGAUGAACGGGAUAACAUUGGGAAUAUCAACGAGGCUGCGGAAAGUCCGCAAGAUAAUGAAUGGCUAGGACUAAUUUGUGACCUUUUGACCAGUGCUGUGGAUGCGGCGGGGAUGACGGGGUUGCUUCUGGCGAAGGAUACAUUGGUCCAAUACGGUAUCGAUAAGCCAGAACCGGUCAGCGACGAAGCUGAGGAGUUUGAGAGGGAGGAAUUGCUCCUAGAAUCGCUCUCUAGUGAGGUUUCUGCGACGUGCGAAUCCUUAGAAGGUGCAGCCCAGGUAUCCGAAACCUUGCUACACUUCCUGAGCCGUGCAGAGGCUUAUAGUAAAGCCAUGACACAAACCUCACGUCCCCGCAAGUCUAUAAGACCAGGCGAUGUUCGACCUCGCCGUCAAAAGAAACCAGAGAUUAUAGCAAGGGAGAAGAGGAAGGCUGCAGUUUUACCAUUGGGAUACCCACCAUCGGUUACUAAUAGGAGGGGCACAGACCCAGCAGGCCAGAAGAUGAGACAGGUAAGGGAAAGCAAGUAUCGCAAGAACUUGGGCGUAGGUGCAUAUUCUCUAGAGAGAAUUGAGGUUUAA